AUGUCAUCUAACUCUGCACCUAACUCAUCACGGAGCGAAUCGACAUUAACUCCCGGUACAGCACGACAACGCUCGAGGCAAGCUUGUCUGCCAUGUCGACGCCGCAAGAGAAAGUGUGACGGUAAACUACCUUGCAAUAUUUGCGAAGGAUACGAGUACGUGUGUCAAUAUGAUGAAGCAUCUCAAAUUGCACCCCGAAAACGCGCAAGCCCGCCAAAUCAAUUGGCACACCAACGGGAUCCGAAACUUGCCCGUGUGGACCACUCAACAGACACACCAAAACAAGAUGCCAGCGCCUCUAUCCUACCCGGUGUGCUUGAACCCUCCAAAGCUCGCUACGUGGGGAGAUAUUCAUCUAUUGCAUUUCCCCUCUAUGUCGGACUAGAGCUUCAAGCAACGAAACUUCCACGUCUACAUUCAUUUGCGUACCACACCGGCAUCCGGAAAGAGCCGCCUUGUGCGGUGCAUUCGGAGCUGACAGAGCGCGUCUUAUGGAACACUGCAAGAAGCUUGAUUGAGGUCUACUCGGCCAUAGUCAACCCUAUUUUUGGGUUUCUAGACAUGGAUUCAUUUUACACCCGAUGCGAGAUGCACUGGCAUGGACAGCCGCAAGACCUGGUAUUCGAGGCCAUGAUCUGCGGAGUCAUUGCCUUGGCAUCUCUGUUCAAGGAGCGAAUGGACCAAGAAACGGAGAUGUGGCUCACUUUGCAGGCAAAAAAUAUUCUAGAGGACUCCGAUAUCAGCCGGUUUCCUUCUCUCGAGCAAAUCGCAGCCUGGAUACUACGAACUUUGUACCUUCGCUGUACAGGGAGACCACACGUGACGUGGCUCUCCAGUUGCACAACCAUGCAUCUCGUUGAAGCAACUGGUCUUCAUCAUGCGCCAGAAUCGGCCAUGCAAUCUGGGGGAAAUGAUGCACCGACCCCGACCGCUCUUAAUAUCAUAAAUCGGAUUGCUCAAGUAGCAAAUUGUCUUCAUGUUCUCGUCGCUUUCGAGUAUGGAAGAUCUAUCUUAGCAAUCAAUCGACGAGUGCUUGAAAAUGAUGAUUACAAAUGUCGCGCAUCAGACUUGACGCCACAGCUGUGCCGUCUUGUUGCUACAUUGCCUACGAACCAGCACAUAGAAGAUACGGCAGUGGUGGCCCAAGAACUGUUCACAGCCCUUGAAAAGAUCACCAAAACUGCUGUCGAGCAUGAUUUCCUUGUACUCUUACAGACAGAUCUUGUACUGGGUAUUUACCGUCGACUUCGCGUUUUAGAUCCCAAAUAUCACCAUGGCCACAAUGAAAAAAUCAUUUCUGCUGGCAUGGGAGCUUUGCCUGCAGCAAGAAAGUUGGUCAGCCAAAACCAACCUUGGUGGAAUGUCAUUGGAUCAGUCUUCCAGUUCGUAUGCGCUCUGAUUGUUAUGGAUACGCCAACGAGCUGUGAAAGACUUGUGGAUGCCAUGGACACUUUGGAGUUCAUCGUUGGCCAUCUGGACACCCACUUGGCGAAGGAAGCCCUUUCAACUGCUCGCCAGCUCGUCCAUGCCUCACUGAAUAAGAAACGAAAGGGUGUUCAAACACUCGAACACAUUAUAGGGACAGAGACGCUAGAAGCUGCUACUACGCAGAGGGCGGAUCAAUUAUCCCAAGACAUGGCAUCGCUGAGUCCUCUACUGGCAGCCCAGCUGCCGUUUGAUUUGGACUAUCUAUGGGCGACUGGCACUGACUUUAAUAUCCCAUCGUGA